AUGUCCCACUAGCACGAUUUAAUAACAGAAAUGCUCUUGUUGAAAUUACUUAUUUAUAUGGCUACUCUUUGUGCUAUGGAUUCAGCUAAACUAAUUAAGUAGCUCCUUGGAUAACAAAUGAUGGAAAUAGGGGAACAUGUAACAGAAGAUGAACUUUAAUCUCAUAUGAUUCUCAUGAAAGUCAUCAUAAAAUCUCAUUUUGUAGCUUGUAAAGAUGUUGAAUGUCUGUGCCAUUAAAAGAGAAUGCGGCUAUAUUUAAUCUAGCAGCAAAUGAAGUCUAAAAAUAGUACUUACUAAGCAAUAUAUAACCUAUAAAAGUUUCAUGAUUGCAGAUACUGCUAAAUCGGCGAUUGCUUUUAGUAAUAUAUAUUAAGAAAAAUAGCUGACUAAGAAGUUCAUUAAAGAUAAAUAAUUAACGAUGAUAUUUAGAAGUAUUAGCAAAUCAUUACCUAUGAAAUAUACCUAAAAGGAUAUCUUGAAGUUUUGAAUAAAAUAUCUGUGGAUGUGGGUGAAUUCUGGGCGCUAGUUUAGAAAAAUGAAAUUGACAUCUACAAAAGCCAGAUAAUUGGAGAAGGUAUAAUACAGAAGUAUCAAAGAUUUUAAUCAAUUUAUGAAAAUUUUGCAAAAUCAGGAUCAGAUAACAUUUAAAUUGAGAGUUUGGCUUGGAAACUUAACCAAGAAAUCCUUUAAUUUGAAUAAGAGGCCCAACAAAAUUUAGAGAGGAUCAAGACAAGCUCAAACAAAAGGCGAGUAGAAAUAAAAUUAAGCAAUAAUAACGAGGUUUUUGUAGAAAGUAAAAUUCACCUAUUAGUAAUAAGUGCUAAUCCCUAAAACUUUUAAAAGAUAAUGAACUUCAGUAAAUCAUUUUCUAAGUUUUCAGGGUAUGCUGAUGAUUUUUUACUUAGAAAUAAAGUAACACUAGUCUUGCCCAAAAUUUUAGAUGAAUAGCAUGAAAAAAUAAUAAAAAAAUAUUUAAAGAGGAGAAAAGAAUUAGAUAAUAAUAAGAUUACUUUAAGUUAGUCAUGGCUUAAGAAACCUAAUGGAACUUUAGUUCCAGUUCAAAUUAGUGUCAUUUCAAAAAUAGAUGUUGAUUUAGGAUUGUAGAUGAUUGGUCUCAUAUAGAAGGUAAAGAAGAUAAACUUGUUUGACUAAAAUAUUCCAUCAACCGAUAUCUAUUGCAUUCUAACUGAUGUUAAUAAUCGGAUCAUUCAUGUAUCUGAAAACUGUUCAAACAAUAUAAAUUUUCCAGCAGAUGUUACACUCUAUGACAUAUUUAUCUCGAAUAUUAUAAAGGGUCUGCCAGAUUAGAUAGAAAAUAACUCAGAUUUGGAACUAUUAAUGGAUACUUCUGAUUUGUAAACAUACCAAAACAAUUCAAAUCUAUCAAUCCUACAGUUUAAGAUAAAACUAUCGUAUAAAGAAUACAAUUAUGGAAAAGACAAUGUUCUUCGUGAGUAUUUAUUUGUGAUAUUAGCACCACAUGAUGUUAAUGGUACAGAAAGUUUAAAACUUAACUCAUUGCUCUAAAACCAGAAUUUUCAAAUUGUUUAAUUUUCAGAGGAUCAGUAAAAUCAAAAUCAAGAGGGAUAGAAUGAGUAAAUUGAUGAAACUGAAAGUGAGUUAUUUUAAAUAUAAUCAAUGUCAUCUACAAGUUCGGGCUCAUCAAAUGUAAGCAAUCAAGAUGCGCAAGUUUGCGAUAUUAAGAAUGUUUUAGACUUUAAAAGCUUUCCUUAAUCCUUAAGAAGUUAUAGAAUAAAACUCAUUGCCUCUUUUAUAAUGCUUCUAGUGACAGCUAUAGUUCUGUUAGUAGUUAAUAUUUAAUCAAAGAAUUAAUACGAAGCAGAUAUUUAAACUUUGAAAACAGAAAAAAAUGUUAGAAAUGCUUUUUCUAGCUCUAAACUAUCUCUCAUAUAUCUUUACACAACUUCAAAUGCACCAAGUUAUUUUGAUUAGUAAAGAUUAAGCGCUCCAUUGAACAAUGUUUCUUUGGAUCCUUUUUUCAGAUAAAAAUUAAUUUCUUUGACAGGUGAACUUCAUUAAUCAUUAAAUGAGUUCAGCUAAAAAUAGGCUCUAUGGGAUAAAGAUUUUGUAUACAAAGUGAAUAAGGAAGAUUUAAAAGCUAAAAAGAUAACAUUCUAUGGAAAUUAACAAGAAGUUGAUUCAACCUUUUUCAAAUCUAUUACUCUCUUUGUGGAUUAUUGUGACUUCAUUAGCAACACUUACAGUGACGAUCUUAAAAUUUAAGAUGACAUAUUCAAAUAUAACAAUGCAGAUGAGCUUGCUAGUUUACUUAAGAAAAUAAAAGAUCCCUUAAACACAAUAAUUCAAUAUGUGUUCUUCUGUAUAUUUAAUGGCUCAGAUGUUUUACUAAGACAAAUGCUGAAAAUUGAUGAAAGUUUUAUAAUGUUAAUUCAAAAUCAUGGUAAUGAUCUGAUCAGAGUGAUAUUGAUCUUUACAAUAUGCUGCUGCUGUGUAACUGCAAUAAUUUCGUUUUUGUAAAUCCCAUAUUACUUUGCAAUAGAAACUGCUUAAAAAUUUACAGUAGAAUUUCUUUAUCUUACUGAUAAGCAACUAAUAAAAUAAUACUUUACAAGAAUAAAAGAUUUUCAAAUUUAGCUAAUCAAUAAUGGUAGUGAUGGAGAUGAUGAAAAGAAGAAAUCUAUGGCAUAGGUCUCACUCAAUAAAUCAUUAACUAAUAAAAGAAGAAUAGCAAUUCAUGGUUUUACUGUAAAUAAUGAGGAAGAAUUCAAGACUUAAGAUAUAAAGCCACUGGAGAAUACUUAAAUUUACAGUUCUAUAUAAUAAUUUUAAACUAAGAACAAUCUUUUUGAAAGGUCAUAGCCAGUGUUCAUUGAGAAUGAACCAGAUGUUAAAGAUCUAAAUUUGAAAUAUAAGCAUACUCAAAACCAGGCAUAUCUUCCUAAGAAGUUUUAAAAGAAGUAACUAUCUUAAAAAUUAAAUGCAUUGCUUGAAGAUAGCUCUAAUGAAAAUGAAGGUUAAGACUAGAAUCCUGGUGAACAAACUGUAAAUCUCUCAGAUUUAAAUUAAACUCAUCUAAGUUUAAAUUCACUAAAUGACUAAGAUUAUGAUAUAAAACUCUUGCAAAGCUAAACAAACAGAAAAAAGAUAAUUAUCAUAAUAAUAUUCUUUCUUAUUGGAGCUUUUAUAGCUACAUUUUAUAUAGUUACUUACGUGAUGAGUAGAACUAUUUUGAAUGAUUUUUCAAUAGGAUUCUACUAAUAUGAUGUAUUCUUUACAAGAGUAACUUGUUUGACAGAAAGUCUAUUUUUCACUCAAAAGAGCAUAUUAUUUAAUGAUACAAUGGGAGAUGAUACAUUCAAUGGAAAAUAACUAUCUUUGGUAUUGAAUGAGUGUUCAACUAAUGAGUAAAAAUAUAGAGAAAUAAAGAAGGAUUCAUCAGGAAUGUUUUAAGGUUUAUCCAAAGAACUUGAGUAGCUAGAUUCUCCAAAAUUUUGUCAAUUUCAACAGUCUAAAGGAGAGAUGGGUCCAGAGUGCUAAAAAGAAGUUGAUGGUUUUCUGAAUCUUGGACUUGAAUAGAUGAUAAGCGCAAUGCUAAACCACAUAUAGCAAAAAAGAAUUACAUUUAUUUCAGUCCCUAGGAUAAAUAGAACAGAAGCAUUAUUGAGUAAAACCUUUUUCGAAAAAGAUACUUUAUAGUAUGUUAUGAUCUACUAUUAAUACUUGGAGAAAGUAUUUUACUAUAUACAAAACACAGCUCAUCAAAGACUCUCAGACCAAAUGUCUGUGAACUUCAACGCAAUUGUUUCAGUUUUUAUAGUUUAUAUCCUGCUUGUGAUUUUUCUAGCAAUUCUGGCAAUAUUUAGGCUCGUCGAUAAUUUGCGAUUGAAAUUACUCAAAAUAAGAAUGCUUUUGAAACUAAUGCCAUCAAUAGAGAUUUAUAAAAAUAAAGAUAAGCUAGAAAAAUUAGAUACAAAAUUGCUAUGA